CGCUAAGUGGCUAACAAGAGCGCGUCCAGCUGCAGGUUUGUUCAGCAAUGGCGACGUCUUCCUUCUCCAGGGGCUGCUUCGUAUUUAAACCCAGCGAAAGGAAAAAGCAGAAGAAGAGUCCUAAUCUGGAGAGUUAUUUCAGCCAUGGCUGUGAAGGCGCUGAAAGCAGUGAGAUGCGCUUCAAGCUCUGCUUGGAUCUGUGGAACCAAAUCAAAACGGAAACUGAGGCUCUGCAGGACGAGCUCCACAGGAACAUUUUGGACAGCUUGCUGGAGUUCACCAGGAAGUGCUCCUCCAGCCGUCAGCACAGCGACUGGGCGUCACAGAUGAGGGCCAGUGAGAUCCCCACGGCGGCGCUCGUUCUGGGUGUGAACGUCCCGGACCAUGACCUGACCUUCCAGAGUCUGUCUGAGCUGCUGCGGGAUUCAGUCACGCCUCACGUUGCUUCCCUACAGGCAAAGGAGUGUGGAGCUCUGAAGCAGCUGAUGAAAAGGGUCCUCGAGAGAGUGAUGGGGACUGUGGUGGACGACGACGAUGAUGAAGAGGAGGAGGAGAUUCAGCAGACCGGCUCUCGGCGCCACCACAGCGUGCUCUGUUCUCUGCAGGCUCUCUGUGAUUGGUACAUCUCAAAAACAAAGAAUUCCAGCGGCGGCACCCCCGGGAAGAAACGCAGCAGCGCCGCCGUAGACGAGCAGCAUCGUCAGCCUCCUGUUGUGAUCAUUUUCAAAGACUUGGAGGCGUUCAACCCAAGAGUCCUGCAGGACUUCAUCCUCAUCUGCAGCCGGUACGUCCAGCGUCUCCCGCUGAUGUUCAUCUUUGGGAUCGCCACGGCGCCCAGCACCAUCCGCCACAUGCUGCCCAACUCCGUGUCCUCGCUGCUCUGCAUCGAGCUCUUCCAGUCGCUGUCCUGCACCCAGCACCUCACCACCGUCAUCGACAAGCUGAUCCUGACGUCCAGCUUCCCCUUCAAGCUCAGCGGCAGGGUGAUGCAGGUGCUGGUGAGCAUCUUCCUGUACCACGACUUCUCGGUCAGAAACUUCAUAAAGGGUCUGCAGCUGGCCCUGCUGGAGCACUUUCACUCGCAGCCUCUCAGCUCGCUGUGCUGCAGGAAGAAGGCGGCUCAGCUUCACGCGCGGCAGCUCGGUCCAGACGACCUGCAGCGCAUCAGGCGGCUGCCGUCAUUCAGCAGGUUUCUACAGGAGGAGGAGGAGGAACGGGACGCUUUGAUGACAGACGACGCUCAGUUGAAGGAUGUGUGUCAGAAACUGCUUAAGGAUCUUCAUAAAUACCACAAGAACUACUAUCCCAUCCUGCGCUGUCUGCACACCCUGACCUCCUCGUUACCGCGUUACCCUCUGGGCAAACAGAUCAGAGAGCUCCAUUUGAUAUGUCUGGAGAAGAACGUGUGGGAGAGCGAGGACUACCAGUCAGCCAUGAAGCUCUUAGGGAUGCUGGCGAAGGAUGAGCUGAUCUCGUUGCUUCAGAAGUGCGCCGAGGUUCUGCAGCCUGUCAAGUCCAAGCAGAUGAAGAAUGCUCGGGUCCAGCUGGAGGAACUGCUGGCCAAAUUUAAGCAGCUGGACGCUGCUGCAGAAGUGGCGGCCCCCGGCGAGGAGGACAACCUCACCUCUCCAGUGAAAGAUCUCCAGAAGAAGACGGACCUGUUCCAGCUGCAGAAGACGCUGCUGGAGAUGAACGAGUCCCGCAGGUCCAAGAGGAGGAGUCCCUUCGAGCUUCUCAGGAACGAAGCCGUGGAGUUUAUUGACAGUUUAGUGAAGAAUCACCUGUCGCCGCCAGAGUCCAAGCCUCUGUAUGAGGUGUGCUACUACAGUUCGUCGGCCACCGUGAGGCGCCACCUCAACGCCACGCCUCGUACCUCCAUUCAGGCGGCGCUCGGCAGGCCCUACAACUACAUCCAGAACGACAGCCUGAAGGCGGAGGACGGGACGGUGUCCAAUGCCGCUCCAGACAUCUGCAUCGCCUACAAGCUGCACCUGGAGUGUGGCAGGCUGAUCAACCUCUACGACUGGCUGGAAGCCUACUCCACCGUGGUGUCUGCAGCCGAGGACGGCGAUCCAGACUCGGAUGGCUUCGGAAAAGUGGAUGAAGUCAAACACGCCCGUUUCAUCCGUGCCGUUUCAGAGCUGGAGUUCCUGGGCUUCAUCAAGGCGACCAGGAAGAAGACGGAUCACGUGGCCCGACUCACCUGGGGAGGCUGCUGAUCCAGCGGAGGAGAAACUCUGCUCCUUUUUGUUCUCGUGGACGUUUGAUUGACCAGCAGACCUUGGGGAAACUCUCCAGCACCUCCUGGUAUUUACAUGUAACAGAAAUAACAGAGCCUGGAAUGCUGGGAAUCGAUACAAAAAGUGAGAUAACUGCAGCGCCA